CACCCCAAUCCUCGGCCCCCAGUAAAUUGUCGGCUCGGAAGCGCCCCGGGUCCAGCUGCACCAGCAGCUCCGGCGCCAGCGCCGCCGCCGCCAUCUUCCCCCCCUCACGCCGCUUGGCCACGCCCCUUCUGGCCGCCAGCCAAUCCGGCGCUCGCCCGGCCUCACGCUCCGGCCAAUAGCAGAGAGGAGAAUUCCCGCCCGCCUCUUGGCGCAUGCGCGGUGCGGCGCUUCCGGCCUCCCUCAGGGCUCCCUCAGGGUUUUAAAGGGGAAGCGGCGGCGGGUCCCGGCCCGGGGCGGCGGCACCGGCCCGAAUUGCGGUCCCGGAGUGGAGAACCGGGACCCCCGAGCCGGAGAUCGCGAUUGGUUGAGAGGAGAUGGAAGGAGCGGCAUUGGCCAAUGAGGGAGCGGCGUUUCCUGGGGCAGCCAAUGGGAGCAAAGACCUGGAGGAAGCGGCGGCCAAUCAGCAGCGAGAUGGGGGAUUAGGAGCAGCCAAUGGGGAUGUUCCGCUGCAGGGACUGGCCAAUGAGAGGGGGAGGAGCUGCGGCUCAGCCAAUCAGGACGCAGAGACGCGGGAGGUGACCAAUUGCAGCGAGGAGACACAGGCGGCCAAUGAGAACGCGGCAUGCAAAGCACCAACCAAUGAGGACAAAGCACACAAAGCUCCAGCCAAUGAGAACAGAGGGUUCAAACCCCCAGCCAAUGCGGACACAGCACACAAAACUUCAACCAAUGAGGACUCAGGACACAAAUCUGCAGCCAAUCAGGACAGAGCAGCACCAUCCACCAAUCAGAACACAGCACCACAACCCCUGACCAAUCAGAAUGCAGCUCCCAGACUCACAGCCAAUGAGCACCCAGCCCCGCCCCUCCUGGAUCCCACCCAUGACCUCAUGCCUCUGGCGGCCGCAGCCAAUCAGGCGCAAGACCCCUGGGAUUGGUCGCUGGAGGAGGCGUGGCUUAGGGCGCCCGAUGACGAGGGGCUGGAGGUGUGGGGGGUGGAGCUUGAAGGCUGGGAGGCGGAGCCUGAUGACCUGGAGGACGAGCUUGAGGACUGGGAGGAGGAGCUUGAGCUCUGUGGGGCGGAGCCUAUGGACAAGUGGGUGGAGCUCAAAGCCCAGGGGGCAGAGCUUAAAGGUCAAGGGGUGGAGCUUAAAAGUGAGGGGGUGGGGCUUAAAGGGGAGGGGGUGGGGCUUAAAGGAGAGAUGGAGGAGAACAGUGAGGGGGUGGGGCUUAAACCUGGCAGGGUGGGGCUUCAACCCCAGGGGGUGGAGCUUGAGCACAGUAAGGUGGAGCUUAAAGACAAGGGGGUGGAGCUUAAACCCCAAGGGGUGGAGCUUAAAGACAAGGAGGUGGAGCUUAAAGACAAGGGGGUGGGGCUUAAACCCCAAGGGGUGGAGCUUGAGAAUAGUGGGGUGCACGGCGACGCCCCCAAAAAAACGCGUUUCCCCGCCCCCUCCCCGUCGCCAUGGCAACGCCACGGGGGUUGGGGGUGCCCGCCAUUGUUAAGCCCUUUGUUGCCAUGGUAA